AAAAAAUUGACUGUUAACUUUUAAAGCAGCUUCGUUCAUAGAAUAACAAAAAGUAAAAUUUAAAAUGAAGCUAAAAAAAUGAUUACCUACGUUGUUCAUGGACUAAAUUUAUUUUCAUUGCUCAUACAGAAUAUUGUAAACUUCGCUGCUCUUAUUGGCAAAUUUAUUCUACUUUUUCUAAUUUACGUGUCUUCUGCAAUUUUAGAAACGAAAAAUAGCAUUAAGCUUUUUUUUGAAAUUGUGUAUGAAGAUAAUUUUUCAACUUUUGCCGAAGAUUUGCCAAACUGUGUGUGUAAUUUUAAAGAUGCAACUGUUGACCAUUUUUUGUAUUUGGGGAGAACAAUAGUAUCGAUAUAUUAUGAUAUUUACUCUAGACUAACUUCAACAGUGACAACUACAGUGCAAACAAUUGGAAAUGUGUUUGUGAAUCUUAGUGAAGUGCUAUUGAUAUUUUCAAAAUGUAUUAUAUUCCUGGGAGAUACAGUGUGGUUAAUGCUAACGUUUAUUCCUGUUCACCUUCCUCAACUUGUUAAAGUAAUGAUAAGGUAUACUUUUGAUACUGCUAUAAAUGUUACAGUAGAUGCAUAUAUGAAUUUAUUAAACUUUACAAAUUUUUUAACAGAUGUGCCUUUACAAUCGUUUGCAGGUUUGACAAUAAGUAUCUUAAUUGCACGUUUAACAAUACAUUAUUGGGAAUCUAUUCUCUCUCAUUUACAUAUAUAUUAUUGGUCUUUGGUUAGGAAUGUAAUUUAUUUUUAUUAUGCUAUUGUACAUUAUAUUAGUAAUUCAGAAGUACGUAUUAUAACUCAAAUUGCCAAUGGUGAAGAUAUAGAAACAAGAAAUAUGAGUUUUGAAAUUGAUGAAGAUCCAUCUUCUAAUCAAUCAGACUCAUUAUGUGUUAUAUGUCAAGAGCGUCAAAAAUGUGUCUUAACUUUACCUUGUCGACAUAUAUGCUUAUGCACUGAAUGUUGCAGACGUUUAUAUGGAUAUCAAAGGACUUGCCCUAUAUGUAGAACUUUUAUUUACCAUUCUGUAACAGUGUACUUGUGAUAACUUACUACUUUUUUCUAAGAAAGAUUUCAUUGUUUAGCUUGCUGGUGUUAUUUGUAUCAAUUCAAGUAAUUAUGUGUACAGAGAGAAAGAAAGAGAGAGAGAUUGAAAAAAGAAUGUAAUAAUAUAACAGAACUUAAAUUAUGUGGUGGAUAAAGAGGGAACACAUUUUUUUCAAAAGGCAGUUUUGUUAAUUAUAGAAUUUCUACAGUUAAUGUAAACUUUUAAGGUAUUUAUCAUACUGUUCUCAGUUCUGCAUGAAAUUAAAACACUUUCAACUAUA